AUGAUCAUUAAACAACGUGUUCUACGGAAAGAAAUUUGUUGAAAAAAAUGCAAUAAUUUGUGUUAAAGAAAAAAAAUUUCGAAAUUAAAACAAAAUAGAAUUUUUAAAAAAAUAAACUAAAAAAAAAUUAAUUUUUUAAUAAUUAAAAAAAAUAUAUAUAAAUAAAUAAAACUUUGCUAGACUUAAAGCACGCGCGUAAUUGAAAAUCAUCGUCAUUAACGUUAGUUAAUAAAACAACAACAACAUAAAUAUUGUUAUUAACUUAAGCAUCAUUUUAAAAUACAACAAAAAUAACCAAAAAUAUUAUCAAACAAUAAUAACAACAAAAACCAACAAACGAACAACACGAAUAACCGUGUGCAUUCCUGUUUUAAUACAACUGAAUGCAUUUUUAGGGUACAAUAUCGAAUCGACUUGAACUAAAAUACUUAUUGAACCGCAAGUUGUUGUAUUUUUUUUUUUUUUUUAUUUUGAAACUGUGGCGCAGUUUGCAACUGAAAUCUAAGCAUAUCAAAAAACCAACAAUAACCGCAGCGAAAAAUUCAAACUAACAACAACAGCAGUAACAUUUUAAAGUACUUCUUAAUUUCAAAGAAAAGCGAAAAUACAAAAACAAAAAUUACAACAAUAUUAUUAUAAAAUAACAAAAACAAAACAAAAAAAUCAAAACUUUUGCAAAAUUGAAGAAAUAAAUAAAAAAAAAACUAAACAAUUUCUGUGUUCAUAUUGUAGUCGCUGUCGUUGUCGUCGCGUGUUUAUGCCUUUUGUUUUGAAAUUUAUAAAAAAAAAUUGUUUCUUUCUGUGUUGUUUGAAUUUUAUUUGUUUAAAAUUUAUUUUUUUUAAAGUUGAAUUUCAUUUGUUCGUGUGUGCAACGAUUCUGCAAGAUUAACAACUUGUAGCUGAAAUUUUUUUUAAAAACUAAAACUAAAAAUAACAAAAAAAAUAUUCACUAAUUUUUUUAGUUUUUGUGAUUUAUUGCAAAAAUAUUUAAAUACUUUUCAUAUGAAAUUUUUUAUUAAAUGUUGUGUGUUUUAUUAUGAUUAAUUCCUUGUUCAUAUUCCUGGUUUCUUAAGUUUUUUUGUUCAAAAUUUUAAGUGUAAAUGUUUAAGUAAGUGAUUAAUUCAAUUAAUAUGUUGCUUUUUUGUUUGUGUUCAAAGAAAUUGUAAAUAAACUGUUUCCAGUUAAUUGGAUAUAAUUCGUGUUAAAUUGUGAAUCUGAAAUUCCAUUAUACGUCGAUCUAGUAAACUACAGAUUUGGAAGUGUUACUGGGGAAAUUGCAAUAUCUUACAACAUUCUUCGUAAAAUAUUAAAAAUAACAAUUUAUUGAAAAAGUUAAAUAACGACUAAUUGAAUGAAUGAAUCCUGGUCAGUGAGACAAUAAAACUUUAAAAUAUUUCACAACAAUUUGUCAGUCAUCAUUGUCAAUCAGCGGAGUGACAGCGCAGUCAACAGUGGUCGUUUAAAACUCCCUUAACUAAACACUGAAGAAAAAUCAACAUGUAAUUGAUUAAACGAAUUAAAACCAGCAAUAAAAACCAAUAAUAAAUAAAUAACUUCUGCACUUUUUAUUAAAAUAAAUAACAAAUUGUUGUUGUCUCAAAAGAAACAUAACAACAGACAACAGUUAAUUAAAACAACAACAACAGUAAUGAAAUUCAUUAUACUACUACUACUACUGCUAUAAACAAAAGUAAUAACAACAACUAAUAUUCAUCAUCAUCAUAAUAAUUAACCGCAAAACGAAGACGAAGAAGAAGCUAAACAAGAGAGAGUAUAAAAAUUAAAACAAGGAGUAACACUUUCAAAUAAUAACAACGAAAAAAGUAAACAAAAAUAAAAAAACUCACUCACAUUUGUCAUUUGUCACUCUAACACUGCAGUAACAAAACAAAACAAACGACGACAACCGAGCAACUACCAGCGACAGAGUCUUCCAUUUUGGCUGCCGUUAUAAUGUUAAAUAAUUUUUAAUAAUUACAGCAAUUAUUAAUAAUAAUUAACAACGACAAUAACACCAACAACAACAUCUACCUAAUGAUAUUUGUUUAACAUACAAGUUGUUCUUGUUUUUUGUAUGUUUUGAUAUUCAUUUGCUAAAAUUUUUUUUGAACACAAAAUUUGCUUUUAGGCAAAUUUGUUUGUAAAAAAAAACUAUUAAGAUUUCUUUAACCAACCAUACUGUGAUAUCAAAAACCAAAAGAUGAAGUCGUUGGCCUUAAACUUGUUAAAAUCAUUACUUCUUGUACUAUUUGGCGCGGUGUUGGCAGCCACUAGCAGCAGCUCAUCUUCAGCGGCAGCUUCAUUGGCAAACACAUCUUCAGCCAAAACAUUAAUUUCCGUGGCGAAUAGAGCACUGCCAACAACAACACCAAUACCACCAUCAUUACAAGCGCCACCACACUUACAAUUAAGACGUCAUACUUUACCUGCCACAGCAGCAACAUCAAAGCCCCACACAAUAACAACAACAACAACGGCAGCAAUACGGAUGGCAAGCGCGAGCAGUAGUAGUAGGCCACGUUUGCUGUUGGCAAGGCACGCGGCCAAACAAAUUGCAACAACAGCAACAACAAAAGCCACAACACCAACCUCAACAAUUAUGACCAACUCGAAAAGAAAACCCAUCAUAACCGAAACCUCUACAUUAGACUUAACAAGACUAGUGCGGCAUAUUGAUGCCACAACAUCAACACAAUCGACACCAGUGUCACUGAAGAAUGGUGGUGGUGCAGGAGUACGACAACAACGUAGUUUUCAUAGCAAUGGAGCCCAACCUUAUGAAGACACUGAAACGAAACUUAAAUACAAGACUCUAGAACGACGACAAUAUACACGUUCCUAUAGCCCCACGACAACGACAACCACUGCAACAUCUACAACAGGAAAACCACAACACUUGGGUGCCAUGAGACAAAGAACAGCAUCACAGCAUUCAUUGAAUGAUGGCUCCAAUACACCUCGUCAAUCGAAGCAAUCGUCAUUACCGUUACUUGACGAUGGUCUCAAGACAAUAACAACAACAACAACAUCAAGAGCAGCAGCAUCAUCUACCUUAGAUGCUGCCACAUCCAGCAACCAUGGCAACAAAAAACUGACAAUUCUGCACAAUCAGCAGACACCAAAAACACCUCGCAUGAUACAACGUCUAGUUGCUGGUCAUAUACAAAAUGCCGAAGGACGCUCCACCUAUCAAGUCUCGGCCGUAACAACCAAUAGCACUAUUACAAAUUCAACAUCGGCAAAAAUAUCCCCUGCAAAUUAUUUGCCACGUAGACCUGCAGUCUUAAGCAGCAGUUAUAGAAAUACACAAUUAAAUGCCAACAUAAGAGUAGCAUCGACCACACCUUCCACUACAACGACAACAACAUCAUCUAAAGCCAGCGAAUCUUUAAUUGACUCCAAUCAUGAUGUUGACUAUCACGAUGAUGAUGAAGCACUCUUAGACGAUCCGGGAGAUUUUGAUAAUUGGGAUAAUGGUAUAUUGAGAUUAAGUGCGGGUUCUGGCAAGGAAAAUAAACUAAAAAAGACGAAAGAGGAUUCAAAGAAAACUUUGUCAGAUCAAGUAAGAGAUGGUAAAUAUGGCUUGAUAGAAAAGGAAUUAUUUAGGAGAACACCCAAAAGACCGGGAGUUUUAAGCUAUUUGCCCAACAAAGAAGUGCCUGAAGAUAAUGAACGUAAUUUUGGUGGUUUGAAUGAGGAAGACAUAUGGUUGGCCGAGGAUCAUUUGUUGGUCAUAAAGGGUGGCAGUCUUAAUGAAGAUAAUCCCGAAGAGCCCUGGCCGGCUAUAGAUGAUUAUAAUGCGGCUGGUAGGCAAAUUAAAAUUCCGAGUAAUCCCAAAGUUCCGCCACCCUUUCCUGUCCAGCUCGAAGAAAACGGCCCCGUACAGCUUAUCGGAAAUAAUAAACUCACGAUCGUCUAUCCGCUCACUAACGAAUCGCUACCAGUUUAUACCAUCGGCACGCAAGCCCACAACACGGCAGCCACGGAUGACGGUGACGACGAGAAAAAUCUUAUUACCCGGCCGGGAAAGGCUAAGAAUGCUAAAGAGAACCAACCGGGUUACAACUACCCGUCGCCCUCGCUACCGUGGCUUUACAACAACCAAACGCUUACGAAUAAAGCAUUAAGUGAUGGUAAUGCUGAUAAUAAACCUGUUAAUUUCCCCGUAUUGGGGCCCUUCCUCUAUGGUCGUAAUGGUUCUUUGGACAAUAUUAAUGGCACCGAGGAGUUUGAUGAAGAUGAUCCCUCUCUAUAUUAUCCACCACCCUAUUCUUUUGUUUACAAAAGUAAUUAUUCAAAUCGUGUGCCGCCAGGACCUUUAGUGCCGGGCAUUGUAGUGCCACCACCUCCUGAACAUUUUAGCAAAUUGGAAAAGCAAGAGAAGGAAAGAAGACCUUGGUACUCAAGUACUCAGGUUCCACCAUUAAGAUAUAGAGUUUAUAGUACCACAACUUCAACUCCUGCCACUACCACGACAACUACAACAACUACCACCACUACUGAGCAACCCUACAGACCAGUGGUUACCAAAAUAUCGGAAUAUACUCCAAAGAUUAUUAAUAUUGUUAACCCAGCACCCAGACCUGUAUACUCUCCCACACAAUCUCCCAGAUUUUCCAUUACUCCCUCUAAUAAAAUUCCUUCCAGAAAUAUUGAACCUGUACCGGUACCUGUGGCAGUUCCAAUUCCCAUAUAUCCCGUGAAUUCCAAUGCAAGACCAAAUAUUGUUUCCUUUGUACCCACCACACAGGAACCCAAUGUUGAAACUCUCUCCAAGGCAAAUCCUAUUUACUAUGAAUACUUCGAGGCUAAACGUCAGCAGGGGGGUGCAAAUGCCAUCGAUGAUUAUGUAUCGACGACAUCAAAACCAUUAUCAUCUUCUAAACCCAUUAAAUUGUACGCCACCAGCAAAAGACCUUUUAAAUCACAAGGCCAUCAUCGCCAUUAUUUACAGCCAGGGCCACCUAAUCAUCGCUAUGUGGACGAAAGUGUGGUGAGUAUUACUCCCAAGCCGGAGAUACGCUAUAAACCUAGACCCGUAUUUAAACAAAGACCUUUGCAAAACUUUGAGCAGGAAGUCAAUGCCAUACGGGAAACAUUAAGAUACUAUCAAAAUCAGGAAUUACGGGACAAUAAUAUACCUAGAACACCAAAGGCUAAACCGGUGUUUGAUUAUAACUAUGAGGGUUCCAAAACGGAGGAAGGAGAGACCAGAAAUCAAUUCCAACCUCCAGUGGAGUAUGAUGGAGAGCCUUUUAAACCCAUGGUUACUUACAGUCCAGCGGUAAAUGAUGAAAACGCCUUUAGAGCUGUAGGAGUUGAUAAAAUAGGAGCUGAUGAUGCCCAGCCCGAAGGUAGAGAAGAUUUUGCUGAAGCACCUAAAUAUCCCACCACAACACUACUACCGGUGCAGCCUCAGGGUCGCCCCAAGAAACUAAGAGUUGGUGCGAAAUAUUUGCAACAACCUCCCCACCAACAGGGUUAUUUAAAUGCUCCGCAAAGACAACAGACUUGGGUGGCAGUGAAUAAACAAGAAUUUAAUGAGUAUGUUCAAGCGGAAAGUCCACCACAACGAGAACGUUAUCAGGAACCUAUACAACAACACGUACCACUGUUAACAACACGUAACCGAGAAUAUCCAGGUUAUUAUUACGGACCAGGCAGACAAAAUAAUCGUUUUUAUGAGCAACCCUUUCAAAAUGUUCCCUCGCGUAAAAUAAUCAAUUACAGACCACAACAUCAAACGCAGCAGCAGCAACAGCCCCAACCGCCUCAGCAACAACAGCAAGUAUGGAGUUUAGAAAAUGAUACUUUGGUAAAUGAGCUGCCCAAUAGACCACCCAUUAAUCCAGAUGCCGAGUUUAUAGAUCCCUACUUAGUGGGACCUUCCAUCAAUAAUUACCCAUAUCAGCAACAGCAACAACAGCAGCAGCAACAACAACAAAGGUUAGCCUAUCAACAACAACAGCAGCUUCAACAGCAACAACAACAGCAGCAACCUCCACCACCCGUAUCACAUCAAUCCCAAUACUAUUCACGACCCCAUUUAGCUCAAAGAAUACCCGGACGACAAUUUCAACAGCAGCAACAACAGCAGCAGCAAAACCCUCCGCCACCACCGUUUUCUUUAAUUAACGAUGAAUUGGUUAACUAUAGACAGCCCUUGCCACCCAUUAAUCCCGACAGCGAAUGGAUAACACAUCCUCAGGUGAUACGCAAUCCACAACAACAGUUUUAUAGAUCAAACAACUUUCGGUUACCGCCCCCGCCACCCGCACCCAUUUCAAAUGUGGGUGGUGAAGCGGAGGUUUAUUAUUUAACACCGAAAUAUCGUCGUGCCAAUAAUCUCAGCAAUAAUCGCUAUCAACAGCAGCAGCAACAACAACAACAACAUUCCAAUAACAAUAAUAAUGGUAAAUAGGUUUGGUAGUUAUUUACAUCAGGUAAUUGUUAUACAAAGUGUUAUAUUAUGCAAGACAAAUUUAUAAAGUGAUGGGAAAUGGGAUACUAGCUCAGUUUCGUAAACAAAAUAAGUGUUAUACAAUGUGUUAUACUAUGGUAAUUUAUUUUAUUUGCUAACAGUCUCAAAAAGGCAACAAAAUCGUAUAAACUUGUAAAUUGGUAUAACUGUUAUACCAGCAAAUUGUUAUAUAAAUUGUUAUACUAAGACAUGUUGUUGUUUUGGAGUAUUAGCUAACAAAUCUAUAGUAUUUAAACCACUUACUAAACAACAGUUAUACAAACUGUUAUACUAAUUGUUUUCUUAUCAAUACUUAACAACUUCAAGGAAUCACAGUUGCAUUGCUAAAAACUGUUAUACUGCUAUAUUGGAAGCAACAGUUAAUGUUGUUUAUGCCAACAACUGUUAUACUAUUAUAUAAAGUGUUAUACUGCAACAUUUUCUAAAUUUUAUUAGCCAACAUAUAUAUUUAUUGUGUUUUAAAUAAGGGAAACUCAUUUGAGUAAACAAAAGAACUUUUAUACAAACUGUGAAAUGAAAUUAUUAAAUUUUAUAAGAAACUGUUAUAUUGUUUUUAUUUAAAGUAUAUUUUUUUAUAAUGAAAUAAACUUUUUGGUUGUAAUAGAAUUAAAACUGUUAUAAUUGAAGUCUUAAGGUUGGAUAUUUAAUAGAAGUUUUGCAAUCCAAAGAGAGUAACUUACAAACUGGUAUACUGUGACAAUUUUUCUUUCCAAACAUAGUUUUAAAUAUUAAAAUAUUAUACUAACUGUUGAAAAUGAUGAAAUUUAAAUUUUGUAUUGAAAUAAUUUUUAUGGAAACUGUUAUAUUUGUUUCUCUUUUAAAACUGUUGAAUGAAGAAUAAAACAUUUGGUUAAUAUGAAAUAAAAACUGUUAUAAUCCAUAUACUAACGUUUGAAAUUAGCUAAAAAACCAAUCUUACAAACUGUUAUACUCUGAAAAUUAGCUUAAUUCAAUAGAAAUUCAUAACUAAUAUGAUAUAUAUUGUGGUAGUUUGAUUUUAAAAAAACCAAAACUUUGGAAACAAAUUCCCAACAUACUGUUAUACUGUCAUAACCAUGCUUUGUAAGCUUUGCAUAACAGUACUGUGACAAUUUGCUUAAACUAAAUGAAAUGCCUUGAAUACAAACAAAAAGUUUGAAAAACAAAUUUCAAAUAAACUGCUAUACAGAGACCAUUUAAUUCGUAACAGAAAACUGUUAUAUUAAACUAUUAUACUUUAAAAAUUUGCUUAAUUCAAUACAAAUUCUAAACUAAUUUGAUAUAUUGUGGCAGUUUGACUUUAAAACUAACUAAAACUUGUAAAAACAACAAACUGUUAUACUGUCAUGUAUAUCAAAACUAUAAUACAAAUUGUAGAGGGUAAAAGUAUUUUAAAAACUUAAAAAAUGUUGUAUUAUAAAACAAUAUACAAACUAUUGUACUGGUACAACACUUUUAAUAUACAUGAAUGUCUUGCAAACUGUUAUAAUCUACAAAUUUGCUUAAUUGACUUUAAAUUAUGUCAUACUAAACUGAUAUAUUGUGGCAGUUUGCCUUUAAAACGAACUAAAACUUUGGAAUACAAAUUACAAUUAAACUGUUAUACUGUCAUGUAUGUCUUGAAUACAAACAAAAAGUUUGAAAAACAAAUUUCAAAUAAACUGCUAUACUGUGACCAUUUAAUUCGUAACCGAAAACUGUUAUAUUAAACUGUUAUACUCAAAAAAUUUGCAUAAUUCAAUACAAAUUCUAAACUAAUUUGAUAUAUUGUGACAGUUUGGCUUUAAAACUAAUUAAAACUUGUAAAAACAACAAACUGUUAUACUGUGACAAUUUGCUUAAUUUAAUUAAAAUGCUGUCAUACUAAACUAAUAUUAAAAACCAUAUUCCCUUGAAUACAAACAAAAACUUUUAAAAAUAAAUUUCAAAUAAACUGUUAUACUGUGACUAUUUUUCACUGUAAAAAUGUCUAAUAAAGUAACCAUUUAAAAAAAAAUAUUUCAUAAUAGAAAACUGCCUAGUACUCCAAAUUGUGUAUUAAAUGAAUGCAAACAAAUUAAUAUAAUAGUAUAACUGUUAUACACUACAAAGAUGAUAGCCUUAUUAACUACUUAUACUCUGACAAUUUGCUUAAUUCUAUUCAAAUCCUAUCAUACUGAUAUUGUGACAAUAAUAAAAAAUAAUUUCAAACAAACCGUUAUACUGUGACUAUUAGUGCUUUCUGAACUAUAAAGAAUGUCUUAUAAACUGUUAUACUUUUACCAUUACAUUGCUAUAAAGCUGUUAUACUAGAAUAACACCUGUAUUGAGUAGAAAAUUGCAGACUUGAAAAUGUUAACUAUCAAUAUAAACUGUUAUACUAGUAUACUACUUCUAUCAAUUUUCUACUAUUAUACAAAUUGUACUAGUAUUACACUUUUAUCAAAUGUAUAAAUAGCAAGCAAUUGCACACUUGUAAAAACUGGGUUAUCAAAACUGUUAUACUAUUAUAAAAUUUAUAAAAACUGUUAUAAUAUAAAACCAAUUACACAUGUAUAGCAAACAAUUUGACAUUUUAAAAAUCAUUGUAAUACAAACUGUUAUACUGGAUUGUUAUACUCUAAAAAGUAAAUAUUUGGUUUUUGUUUAACACUUUUCUAGAAAUAAAAAAAUAUUAAAAUUUUAUUGAGUAUGACUGAAUAUCCGGCAUAAAUUAUAAAUUAAUUUUUGUUUAUGAAACUGAUUCUUAAUCCCUUUUUUUAGAAAAACUUUAAAAUUUUAUGACACUUUACACUUUAAACAAAAAUAGAAAAUCA